AAUGGAAAAGAAUCCUCAAACAAAUAAGACUUCGUCUUUCUCCAUUGAUUUCAUUCUCAAGGACAGUACAAAACCUGAGAAGGAAAAUCAAAACGAAGAAUCUCCAAAAGGACCUAGUUCCAAUCUGCCGAGUUUAUUCUCUCCACAAGCAUCUCAAGCAAUUUACAAUUUCAAUUCGUUUUUUCAACAUCCUCAAUAUCAGCCCUAUAGUCAAUUAUUCGUUGAUAAUACAAGUCCGAAAACGAAUUACCACACAAGUUAUAAAUCAUCAGAGACCGAUGACGAAGUAAUUGAUAUGACUUCCAUAAGGGAAGAGGAGAGAAGCAGUCCUGGUGCCGAAAUGGUAGAUGUUGAUGGUAUGGAGGAUGAUGUCGUUAGCGUUCCAGCUACUUCGACGACAGAUUGCCCUGGUAAGUUUCUUUUUCGUUUUUAUUCGCAUUCCACAAAACAUCUCCUUUUAAACCUUAUAAACUUAUAUAAGCAAAGAGAUUAUAAAAAAUCUGUUGGCUGUUUAUACAAUGCGGUUUGGGCAGAAGUUAUCAUUAUACACAGUUUGUCUUUGCCGGAGGCCUGUGGAACAGCCUAUGUAUAUAAAUGAGCAUUGGAAAUGGUAUAUCGGUUAAGAAAAGUUUAUAUAUUAUCUAUUAAACACAAGCAGAAAUGUAUCUGCAGGUGCCAGAGCACGUUUAACGACAAAAGCAGAUGCCAUCUUGAACUAAUUGGUCUUCUGACAGAUGACCUCAUUUAUGUAAACAUCUAUUCUCUCAUCAAUUCUUAAUGCGAGCUUUCUGGUCCAUAGCAUCUAAACAGUUUAGAUCGUUUUAGCAUAAACUAUUUAACGAAUAGCAGAAGAAUGACAAGGUCUUAUUAGCCUUGGAAUAGAUCCUUUAUUUAAAAAAAUUACUAUCACUCUUAAAGAAAUAAAUAAAAAACCUCAAUAAAAAUAGUUUGAUAAAGGAAAGAAAAGAAAGAAAAGCAUCAGGGCAGUGGAGGAGGAAGAUAGAGAGGUGUAGAGAGAGAGAGAAGAAGUUUUUCAAAUAUAAUAGAAAAAAUGUUCACACGGUGUAAUUCCCUCUUCAAAUGUCCACUCAAACCUACUCGAAUUGACACGCGAGUAAAAACAUUCAAUAUUAUUCAGAAUAGGAUUUGUGAUUAUUUGUCGGGUAUAUUAUUUACGGAGGCAAAUAUAUGUAGACACGAUAAAUACUUUAAAACAAAUUACCCGCUUGGUUCUACCUCAAAAGCGUCCUUUUAAAACACAGGAGCACGUGCCAACAGAUAAGCGAUAGAUAGCUGUAAGAUAAAAGACGAUUAGACGCAUUUUUGCUCCCCUUUCACGUCAAAAGACUGUUGGAUCCAACAGAGUUGUUCUUGAGAUGUCAAAACAUAAAAUUUUGUUUGAUUUUGAUAAAUCAAUUGAUUGUCAAGUUAAAACAACAACAAAACUACUUCCUGUAUAGGCCAAUAUAAGAAAUAUAUUGUAGAACAAUAAAAAGUGUCAGACUGCUUUUUAUAAACCAUUUUAGCACGUAGAUGGCUCAUUAGGACAUUUCCAGGUCUCCCGGCAGAUUGCUUGUCACAACAUACAAAUUAUAAACAAAACAACACAACCAUACAUCAACAUUCCCUUUGGGAUCAGCUCAUUUAGCGGACGCCUUCGGCGGCCUGCUUGGCGAAUUUUCUUUCUUUUGUUAUUCUAUUAGUCUAACUGGUAUUUAGAUGUUGAUUAUUGAGAUAAUUAAUAUCUUAUUGGAUAUGAGCUUCAAUUGUACUAUGAGCUUUCAUUCUUCGUUUAUAAUUUCAUGCUUCAUGAAUUAUCUUAUGAAUUUAUGUUCAAUCUUUAAAUGUACAUGAGAAUAAUUAUGCAAGAUGACGCAAAGUUUCAAGGAUGCACUUGACCAUAUGUUGAGCAGCUAUAAAAAAGCCAUUCAGCUGAAUGAUGUAAUCGUUCAAAACAUAAUUACGUAAUGACCAGCCAAUCACAGCAGUUUUCUCGGCCGAGUGCCUUUUUUCACUGGAAGAACACGCGCCGGUUUUCGAACGUCGUGUACUUCAAGCGCCAAUUAUCGCCUAAUCGACUAUAUAUUAAUUACUAUUCCACGAACGGUUCUGACUGAGACGCACGCGACGUCACCAAAUUCGAAAGGCGCUAGAAAUCUUAAUUAUUUAUCUAAGAGUACACGCCCUUGAUUUUCAAUCUGUUUCUUCCCCAUUUUCUAAUUUACGAUGGGGAUGGAGUUAAACGCAAAACAGAUUGA